AUGGGGUCAUUUUACAUUGCAAAUGCAGUUUGUAAUCAUUGUGGGAGGAAAUUAGUGGGGGAGAGUAGUAAUGGGAUUAAACAUUUACUUGUUCAUUUGCAAAGAUGCCCGAUAAGAAUGGAACAAUUUGACAUGAAUCAUAAUCCUAAUGCAAGUCCCUUAGUCACAACCUACAAUUUUGAUCCUAAACUAGGGAGGAAAAAACUAGCUCAAAUGAUCAUUCUACAUGAAUACCCUUUAUCGAUGGUUGAGCAUAGUAGUUUUAUAGACUAUUCGAAUACUCUUUGCCCUAUGUUUAAAAUGGUGUCAAUGGAUACAAUUAGAUCUGACAUUUUGAAAAUGUGUAAGGCUGAGAAGGAAAAAUGUAGCCAAAAUUUGGAGAAAAAUAGAAGUAGAAUAGUUAUUACCAUUGAUAUGUGGACUACCAAUCAUCAAAAAAUGGGAUAUAUGAUUGUGACAACUCAUUUCAUAGAUGACUCUUGGAAGUUUCAUAGUCAGAUUAUGAGUUUUAAGUAUGUACCAUGCUCACAUGAUGUUGUAGCACUUACUGAUAUAUUGAGUUCUUGUCUGUCUGAAUGGAAUAUUGAAGACAAGAAUAGAACAGUGACAGUGGAUAAUUGUACUACUAACGAUGCAAUGAUUCCACUUUUGAAGGAAAAUUAUAAUUCUAGGUGUUUCAUUUUAAAACGAAAGCUACUUCACAUGCGUUGUUGUGCGCAUAUUUUGAAUCUUAUUGUCAAGGAUAGCUUGUCUGUUAUUGGUGAUAGCAUUGACAAGAUUCGAGAUAGUGUUGCUUAUUGGUCAUGCACACUAAAGAGGUAUGAGAAAUUUGAGGACACUGCUCGUUAUCUUGAAGGGCCACAUACUAAAAAGUUGUCACUUGAUUGUCAGACAAGGUGGAAUUCAACAUACUUGAUGCUCAACAUAGAUUUAUUGUACAAUAAAGUAUUUGAAUGA